CAACACGAAGUCGCACUUCGGACAUUUUGAGUUUUUGUUAUUUUCGGGUGUUGAUAUCGUUUUUAGGGCAAUUCAACGAGUUAUAACAAUAAUGAUCUGCUUUUAGCACGAAAUGCAAGUAUUUGAAGCGUUGUUCAGUAGUUAUUUGCAAAUUGUCAUCGUACAACGUAAUUUGUCCAAUGUACGAAGCGGACAGUAAAAACGUCCAAUGUAACAUUUUUCGCUCGGAGGUUUCAAUAUCAAACUAAAAUCACAUAACAACAGAUACGAUUGGUUUCGCAGAGUUAUUAUUGACUGCUAGUGGUAAAAGUAGUGAUAAAGAUAGAUUCCUUUUGAAACAAUUCGCGGAACAAUGUUCCGAUCUUCAACUUCGUUUUUCUCGAGUUGAUGUGAAUGUUACAUAGGACCUUUUCAAAAAUUACGCGAGAUUUCACCAAAAGACAAGUGAUGGACGGUACGGACUUCCUGCUGGGAGGAAUUGCCUCUAUGGGUGCUACUGUAUUUACAAAUCCAUUGGAGGUGGUCAAAACGCGUAUGCAGCUACAAGGAGAACUUGCUUCUAAAGGGACCUAUGUGAGACCUUACCGAAGUGUUAGCGAUGCAUUCGUCACCAUCGUUAAGAACGAUGGUUUCUUGGCUCUGCAGAAAGGUCUAACACCGUCUCUAUGUUUUCAAUUUAUAAUAAAUGCGGUAAGACUAGGUGUUUACAACACAGCGCUUGAGAAUGGUCUCACAAGAGAUGCUGAUGGAAAACAAUCAAUAUGGAAAAGUGCCUUUUGGGGAGGAACCGGUGGUUUUGUGGGAUCUGCGUUGGCAAGUCCAUUCUUCAUGCUUCGAACACACUUGCAAUCGAAAGCAACCGCACAGAUUGCUGUUGGUUUCCAACACAAACACACUGGUUUGCUGAGUGCCUUACGAGAGAUAUUUCAGAAAUACGGGGUCAAAGGGCUGUAUCGAGGAGUAGCGGUCACAAUGCCACGUGCUAUGUUGGGUAGUGGAGGGCAACUGGCCGGUUUUGGCUACACAAAAGACAUGCUAACAAGAAAUCCUCUCUAUCCGGGCCAAUCCGAACGUAUAGUAUCUGUCCUUUCCGGGAUAGCAGCUGGGACAGUUAUGGCUGUUACGAUGACACCACCGGACGUGGUUGCUACUCGUUUGUACAAUCAGGGUAUAGACGGUAGUGGCAAAGGUAUCUACUACAGUGGCGUUAUAGAUUGUUUCGUCAAAAUACUUCGAACCGAGGGCGUUGCUGGUUUAUACAAAGGCUUUUGGCCACAUUAUGUCCGUAUAGGUCCUCAUUCGAUGCUUGUAUUGAUGUUUUAUGAUGAACUGAAGUCCGUGAGAAGAAAUUAUUAUUCCAGGCAAGCUAAACUGUGAUAUUUAAACUUGAAUGCACAAUAAAUUAUAGGAGAACGAUAGUGGAAUGUAUCAAUUAGUUUGUUUAUUUGUUACGUUUAAGUUUGAAAGAGGCUUUCUUAAAUAUAUCAUAUUGUUGAAAUUAUAACCCAUAACUUGUAUAGUUUGGAAUUAGUAUGUAAUACUUAAAGAUUCUCUGCUGUACUGUACUUAAUUUCUCUUCCUAAUAAAACCUGUUACAACACGGACGUACA